GGUUAUUUAUCAAUCAAUAUUUGAUAUACUCAUCAAUUGGUAGUUUUCAAAGCAAGCAUGAUUUCUUGUACUUCUAUCAUACAACACAGAUUUAUGAUUUUUUCAUGUUUCUAUGAUUAUUAUUGUUGGAACUGUCAGAUUCAUUCCACUUAUCAAUGAAAGAAAAUGUUGAGGUAUUCUUUCCUGAUAUUCAUUCUCCAUUUUCAAAGUAUAGAACAAAUACCUGUUUUGAUGUGGGAAGCAAAUCAAGAACUGAAUUCUUCCAACAAAUUUUCAUCACUUGAAUUUGAAACUCAUGAUUUCAAAACAAUAUUAUCAAAAGCAGCAAAGAGGAAAAUACCCAUAGUUGUAUUUCUAGAAGAUACGUUGAGUUUGGAAGACUUAAUCAUUCGUAAUGAAUAUGGAAACACCAUCUUUACUGCAUUAUCUAGUUUUGUUGAGGCUUUCAAUUCCUUUUUCAUGCCUAAUGUAGAAAAUCCAUUUGAAGUCAUAGAACAAAUUACGAACCCAAUAAAAAUAAUAGAUUUGGACUCGUUUAAUGACUGGCCGCAAAUGGGAACAUUAGUUUUUAAUCUUAAAAAUAUCAAAACUAAUGAUAGUAGAAAGAAUAUGCUGAAGAAACAUGACUUAACUAUAUUUAAAAUUCAAUCGGAGAUGUUGGUUACGCAUAAUCAUAUUUUGGGAAUUUUUACUGCUCGUUAUCCUUCAUGGAUCAUCCCAGAAUAUUCUGAGCGUCAUAAUUUCAAGAAGCUCUUGCAGUCUGAGCCAUCUAGUGAGAGUCCUCCAGAGUCAAAAAUAGUACCAAUUGUGGAUGAUAAGAACUUGUUGCUUGUCGUGUCAGGCAAUGCGGACUAUAGCAAAGACAAUGGGAAAAUAUUCAGUUCUGUAACUCUGAGCCAAUCUGAUUUCAGUAUUAAAGACAAUGAAAUAAGUCUUUCACUUGAUGGUGGAAGUGUUAAAGUUGUUUUCUCAAUUUCAUUUGGUAAAGAUGGCUUUUGGAGAAUAGACAAUAUCACAAUGGAUGAAAAAUCUGUUAAAUAUGAGGAAAUCGAAAUUCCAAUGAAUUUUUCCUAUCAUUGCUCCAAAUUUGAGUUAUACAAUAAGGCAACCAAACAGAUACUGAAAAUUCCCGGUUUUCAAAUACAACCUUUUAAAGAAGAACAGGAGCAACAGCAGUUUGGAGCUGCAUUUGAUUGUGUUGGAUUCGUAACAAUACCUAUAUGCAGUGGAAUAUUUGUAAUCGCAAUACUUUUAAUCAUUUUAUUCUGCGGCAUAAUCGCUAUGAUGGAUAUAGAAACGCCAGAUAGAUUUGAUGACCCUAAUGGAAAAGUAUUUAAAGCUUUUGUAGAAUAUUACUGAGCAUCAGGAUUAUAUAAUACAUUAAUUGUUAUAUGAUUUUAUGAGUUACUUAUUUUAUAUCUUAGUAUCAUCAUUGUAAGAUACAGAAAUUGAGUAGCAGAGAAUUAAUAAAUUAAGGGGAUAUAUUUUGGUGAAUCUAAAUUCAUAUUCAGAC